AUGAGCUUAAGAAGCAAUCAGUUGUCUGGCGUGAAGCUCGAACACCCGUCCAUUGCUCCACCAGCUUGGUCCAAAACGCGACGGCGUAUGGGCAGUCCCAGAACAAGUGCGCCAUUGUCUCCACUUCUCCCCAACAGCCCGGUUGCUUACGACCGGUAUUGUCCACACGUCGCCCUGCAUGAUGCAAAUGGAGUUGCCUCAACGCGGUGCGAUAUCCCGUCCAGACUUGAUAAGCCGUUAGGCCCUGACUAUGGUCCCAAACCUGCUUUGGGGUUCGACAUAGCGCUGCGCGAUGCCAUUCGUCCCGCCCCGCCCGUUCGUCCAGCCGGUCCAAGAACGUCCCCAAUGGGCGAGCCAAUAUUUUUUGUGGCUUCGAAAGGCUCGACGUGUGAGCGCCGCUCGGAUGACCCUAUUCGGUGUUUUGUCUGGGACAUCCCAAGGAAACCUGUGAAGCUGAGGGUGUGCUGCGAAAACAAGGCCGCGUUGCCGCAGUUCUUGAAUGAGCCCUUGCUGUUCGACUUCUGA